AUGAUGUUCUUUCGUCGACAUGCUCAAAAAUCUACGCCACAACAGAAUAGUAUAGUUACUUCACCUAUCUCAAUUAACCUCGAAAAAAUAAAAAUAACUGAAGACGAACACGAAUCAACUGAGAAUGAACUGUCCACAACACCUACUGCUCUAUCACCGAUCGCGAAGACGGUCACUUUUUCUAAUGAAAUAGAUUCAACCAUUACCACCAACACCAUCACAACAACGACGACGACAUCUACAACAGAACAUCUAUCCUUAAAGCAUCCGGGACUUUUACGUUUAUUUGAUUCAACUGUAUGUACGGUAUCGAUUGUUAUAACAUAUUUGUUUAGUACAAAAGAACCUAUGGUACAAGAAUUUCUUGGUAGAAAAUUAUUUGAGUAUCCCGAUGAGGAACUUGAUUUUUAUUUGCCACAAUUAAUCAAUAUGUAUAUUCAUAUUCCGUCAAUUUCUUCGGUUAUUCAUACGUAUCUAACAACAAGAUGCUGUCAAAGUGUAGAUUUUUCUCUACAAUGUGCAUGGUUACUUGAUGCUUAUAUAGCCGAACAAAUGAAAGUAGCAAAAAAGCCCAAUUCAGCCGUUCGAUUUUUAUUUGAUAUACUAUAUGAAAAAUAUAAACCAAAAAUAUGCUAUAAACCAACAACGAUCAAUAAUAUAGGCAGUAAUCAUCAUAGACUUGACGAAGAAGAAAAUGAGAAUGCUACAAAUCAAGAUGAUGACACAAAAUCGGAACGUGCAUUAAGUCAAGAUAAUCUUAUGGCAUCAAUGAAUAGAAAAAGAGGCCAUCAAAAAUCUAGAAGUGAUGUUUCAGGAAUCAUACUUUCUCGUUAUAAACGUUCAUUACCAAUGAUGAAUGGUGAACCAAGUAAACAUCGUCGUCAACCAAGACUUUGUCUAGGCGAUCUGAGUUCGGGUCGUGCUUUCGACAAUAAUUGCUGGUGCUUUGAAAGUGUCAACGGCUUUCGACGACGAGAAUGUACAUGCAAUGCUCCAAAAUUAGCUCCAGUUCGAGAAUUUAUGACAGCCUUGAUUAAUAUUGGUAAAAAGCUACCGCAUGUACCAACAAAAGACAAAAAAACACAAAAUUUAAUUAGUGAAAUGAAACGAAUGAACAUGAAUUUACCAGCUAGAGUUUGGAUUCCAUUCUAUAGAUUUCCGCAUCAUGUUGUUCGCAUAGCAUUUACUGAAUCAACUGUGUUGAAUUCCCGAGAUCGCGCGCCUUACAUUGUGUAUAUCGAAAUUGUUCUCUGUGACAACGUAUUUGCAUCCCCAUUACCAAUCAAACAAAAUGAUUCAAAACUACGCUCAACACGAUCCGAAGAAAACCUUAUCGAACAUAUAAACAAUCAUCAAUCGCCUUCAGUCAAUGGAGUCAUUGGAAGUUAUCUCAAUUGUGAAACUCAAAGUCUUGAUUCAGAAUUAAUCGAUCCCGAUCGAUCGUUUACUAACAGUGAAGAUGCUGAUAUAUGGUCAACAAGUGAUGAAGUUACUGCUGAUGAUCAACAACAAUCACAAACACAAUCAGCAUCGAGACGUAACGGUUUAAUAGGUUAUCGGUCCAAUCAUACGUUGAAUAUUAAUCCUGAAACACAAUCUAUACGUUCAACUGAAAGUCAUUUGAGUCAACAAGAAAUUAUGCCAUCUGACAUUCGCAAACGUUUAACCGAAGUGCAAACUACUGGUCCGAUUUUAUUCGAUCGUGAUCCUGAUGAUCCAUCGGCAGCGACAUUAAAAGAACCGUGGGAUAAAAAAGAACAAAGAAUUCGACAAGCAUCACCUUACGGUCAUUUGAGAAAUUGGAGAUUAGUUGCAGCUAUUGUUAAAUGUGGUGAUGAUCUUCGUCAUGAAUUACUUGCAUAUCAAUUUAUGGUUCGAUUGAAAGAAAUUUGGUCCAUUGAACAUGUUCCAGUAUUCGUACGUCCAAUUAAUAUUCUUGUUUUAUCCAAUAAUAGUGGUCUAAUUGAGCCAAUUUUAAAUGCAGUAUCUCUUCAUCAAAUUAAAAAAAAUUCGAGAUUAUCAUUAAGAAAUUAUUUCCUACGUGAAUUUGGCACUGAACGAAGUGAAGAAUUUCUAACAGCAGUGAGAAAUUUUGUGCAAAGUUGUGCUGCCUAUUCAAUCAUCUGUUAUUUGUUACAAGUUAAAGAUCGACACAAUGGAAAUAUUUUAUUGGAUGAUGAAGGUCAUCUUAUUCAUAUUGACUUUGGUUAUAUGCUAUCAGCAACACCGAAAAAUCUCGGUUUCGAAAGUUCACCAUUUAAAAUAACGCAAGAAUUUGUUGAUAUUAUGGGUGGAUUACAAAGUGAUAUGUAUGGUUAUUAUAAAAUUCUUAUCCUUCGCGCCCUAAUAGCUGCUAGAAAACAUAUGGAUAAAUUAAUGUCUAUUGUUGAAAUUAUGCAGCAUGGGUCACAAUUGAAUUGCUUUUCAAAAGGAAAUGUAACGUUAGGCUUACGUGAAAGAUUCCAUUUAAAUAUGACAGAUGAACAAUUAGAAUUCAACGUUGAAAAAAUGGUCGAAAGUAGCCUUAAUUCAUUGACAACAAGAGUUUAUGAUACAUUUCAAUAUUACACAAACGGUAUAAGUAAAUGA